AUUUGAAUAUAAUAAGUGAAUGACAAAAUAACACAUAAAACAAGGUAAAAAAUGUUUUAAUCGAUAGUUACUAUCCAAGAAAUCAAUUAAGUAUCUAUAUCAUAUAGCAGUGAAUUCCAAAUGAUAAUGUAAGUGGAAAAAUGACUAACAUUAUGAUGAUUCUUCAUAAAAAUGUUAGAUAUUAAACUCAAUAAAGUUAAUUGUCCAUCCUGUGAAUCAUGAAAUAACGUGAAGAAUGUGAUACGUGUGCUAUGUCAUGGCAAAUUCGAUAACAUAAAUGAUCCAUCGCAUUUAAUUACCAGAUAUAAAAAGAUAAUAAAUUUUUCCAAGACCCCAGAUUCUCUUCUCAUCAUUCAACACUAAGAUUACUUGCUACUAGGUCACACUAGGGAGCUUGCUAUGUAGCCGUAAUGAUUCCAAUCCCUCGACUUCUAAAUAUACACAAAGACUUGUAUAGUAGCUGAGAAAAAGAAGAAGAAGGAAAGUUUCUGAAGUUUAUUUUGUGAAAAGUGUUGCACAUAUAUAGCACAUAAAAAUUUUCUUCUAUGAGUUUUUAUACAAUGAUGAAGAAAUUCUACUUUGUAACUAUGUUGCAAAACUAAACGUAAAUCAUGUGAACGAGUUAAUUUCAUCUUUUAUUCGACUAUGUGAUUUCAAAUGGACUGAUUAUAUGCUAUUUACGAGCUUUAUAGUACUACUUAAGCAACUAAAACAAUUGUUCUAGUAAGGUACAUUAAUAUACCUUGAGAAAAUAUACUUGAAUAUAAAAAUAAUGUUUCAAUGGAAUCAGAAAGUCUCGAGAAUGGAGAUUCAAGUUUCAAAAAAUAGUCUACAUAUAAAGCUUAUGUAAAACUGUGAAUUUAAUUCUACAAAGACCUCAAUAUUUAGGUGUAGUUGUCAGAACUAUAUCAAAGGAAAAGAAUGUUCGAAUAAAAUAUGAGCAUUAAAAAACUAUUUAACCUUCAUAAAAUGGUUUCUAAAAUAUAUUAAACUUGAAAAAAUUUGAAUUUGAAGUCUGUCUCAUAUUCAAAUUAAUUCUUUAAAAUGUCAGAAUCUUUGAAUAAGUGCAUAUUCAUUAAAUAGUCAAAUUUAGUGACAUAAAACGUGCUUACAAGUUUUUUUGCUGUUCAAAUUGUUGAAAAAAUAAUAGAAAACUUGAAACAAGUAUUAAAACUGGAAUAAAAAAUUUUUUCUGUGUUAAAAGCUCUUGGAAAAAAAUGAGAAAUUUUGCAAAAUCAUUAUAAAAAUAAGUAAAAUCUUAUUCCAAUGCUGUAACCAGUGUAAAAAUAAUUUUGCCAUAACAUAAAGUAAUUUUAAAAAUAAUCUAAAAAGCGGAAACAGUCUCUGAUACUAAAAGAUCAAAUAAUUUUUUUCCUUGGAUGAAACUGGAAAAUUGUUAUUCCUAAAGCUAAAGCAAAUAACUGCUUUCUAUAGAACACAUUCUUUGAUAGUCUGGUUAUAAAUUCACCAUUGAAAGAUGUCGGAUUCAAGUGGAGGCAUAGAAGACUUGAUGUUCAUUCCAGGUGGUCUUAAACGAAGUGGUGGAAUGAGUUCACCAGCUUUAGCGUGCUCUGAUGACGCUUCAGUAGCACGGGUAGUUGGUAUGGUUGGGAAUUUGGCGGGUGCUGUUGCUGGAUUACCACGAACCCAUUCAAUGUCAGCACUUCGAUCACGACCAACCAGACGUGCAGUGUUCUGGGAGCAACAGUGCUUUGCAUCACCCACCAAACGUGAUUAUCAUGGCGAAGAUCUCAUCGUUACACCAUUCGCGCAAAUCCUUGCGUCUCUGCGAUCAAUCAGAACAAACUUCCAAUCGCUUACUAAUGUCCCAACAAACAAAUCUCGAAGGAGCAGUGGCGCACAAGGCAACAAUACCCCACAACCUCGUAUACUGGUUCCAGGAGAUGAAUCCUACAUGAAACUUGCAGUAGAAACAAUGGAAGAACUAGACUGGUGUUUAGAUCAAUUGGAAACUAUUCAAACUCAUCGAUCAGUCUCAGAUAUGGCAUCCCUAAAGUUCAAGAGGAUGUUGAACAAAGAACUCUCACAUUUCUCCGAGUCUUCCAAGUCGGGUAAUCAAAUUUCCGAGUACAUCUGCAGUACUUUCCUCGAUAAACAGCAAGAGUUAGACUUGCCAUCUCUGCGUAUUGAAGAUGCUGUAGCAGCUGUAGCAGGCGAUGUCAGAUCAGCAAAGAAAAAAGAUCGAGCACAGCGUGGUCCAGCUGCAAUGUCUCAUAUUAGUGGAGUUAAACGUCCUUUGACUCAUACAAAUAGUUUUACUGGUGAACGAGUACCUCUUCAUGGUGUUGAAACUCCUCAUGAGGAAGAACUCGGCAAGCUUUUAUCAGAUAUCGACAAGUGGGGCAUUGAUAUAUUCAGGAUAGCUGAACUAAGUAACAACCGGCCAUUGACCUGCGUAGCAUACACAGCUUUCCAGAGCCGCGAUCUACUCAAAUCUCUGGCUAUUCCUCCAAAAACAUUUGUUACCUUUAUGAUGACUCUGGAAGAUCAUUAUGUCAAGGACAAUCCCUUCCAUAACAGCCUUCAUGCUGCCGACGUAACUCAGUCGACGCAUACGCUGCUCAAUACGCCCGCGCUUGAGUCCGUCUUUACGCCCCUGGAAAUCACAGCAGCUUUAUUUGCAGCUACUAUUCAUGAUGUUGAUCAUCCAGGCCUUACCAAUCAGUUCCUUAUAAAUUCAAGCUCGGAACUAGCACUUAUGUACAACGACGAGUCAGUAUUGGAAAAUCAUCAUCUCGCCGUGGCAUUCAAACUUCUGCAAAAUGAGGGCUGCGAUAUAUUUGUCAACAUGACGAAAAAACAACGUCAAACUUUAAGGAAGAUGGUGAUCGAUAUGGUUCUAUCGACUGAUAUGUCAAAGCACAUGUCCCUUCUUGCUGAUCUAAAGACUAUGGUAGAGACAAAGAAAGUAGCUGGAUCCGGAGUCCUCCUUCUAGAUAAUUACACUGAUCGGAUUCAAGUUUUGGAGAAUCUCGUGCACUGUGCAGAUUUGUCUAAUCCAACAAAGCCCUUGCCACUUUAUCGGAGAUGGGUUGGGUUGCUUAUGGAAGAAUUUUUCUUGCAAGGUGAUCGUGAACGUGAACAGAAUAUGGAUAUUAGUCCAAUGUGCGAUAGACAUAACGCAACUAUUGAGAAGUCUCAAGUGGGCUUUAUCGAUUACAUCGUGCAUCCACUUUGGGAAACUUGGGCUGAUUUAGUUCAUCCUGAUGCUCAAGAGAUACUCGAUACACUUGAAGAAAAUCGGGAUUGGUAUCAAUCUAUGAUCCCACCCUCACCGCCUUCCGACGAUCAGCAAGGAAGCGAACCACAUUCGGAUCGGAUUCAUUUUCAGGUAACUUUAGAAGAAGGUGAUGAAACAGGAGAAAAUGCUGACGAAAAUGAAACAGAAGGAGAAGAUCAAGAUGAAGCCUCAACAGAUGCUGGAAUGUGACGGAAAUUGACGGGCAUUUGUAAGAAACUCCAUGAAAAAUUUCAGCUUCCAUCUUGGUGGCGAGCGCAUCCGUAAUUGCGCUUUCCUGCAUCAUCCUGCUUUUUUAGUGAUUAAGAUGGUGUGUACUGUAUUUGUCGCAUCAAUAGCUAACGAGGUAUGGAAUGCGUAGCAAUAAGAUUGUCGGCUGGACCGACGGAGCAUUGAUUAUUUGACAUAAACGACGUUUUACCAUCGCUUUGAAAAGUGAUUAUGGUUGGAAUAUGAAAGUGGAUAAAAUAUUUUUUAGUCUGGAAAGACGGAAUUUCACUGAAAGAAAGCCUUGGAAAGAUUUUUUUUAUUGUUGGAGAAAGAAUCUCAACUUGUACCUGUUGGGCAUGACCAAAAGCAUCGGAAGAAAGUUUAAGAAAAAAAUAAUAAAUAAAUAAAUAUAAAAAUAAACCAAAAAAAUAAUAAUAAUAUUAAUAAUAAUAAUAGUUGUUCAGCGGAUAAAUACGUUUGUACUGAUAGACGGAGCGUCGUUUUCAAUACAUGAAUCAAAUGACAAACGACAUAUCAAUUGAAAGACAUACAGCUUUCAAGUGCAAGGCAAAUUUACUAGAAGCUCCGAGAUGUAAAUGUAAUUUCCCAUCGAUCUCACUGUCAGCUUCUAAUGAAGAACGAACGUUUUGAUGGAAUGAAACGGAAUAAUUAACACUCAAAAUCUGAAUUUUUUUUAUUCGUUUUAUCUUAUCACUUUUACCAACUGAUUUUUUUUUUUAACAGAGAGACCAGGAAAAGUAUGUUUUAAAAGAGUCUAAAAUAUGUUAUUUUUAAUUAUUGUUUCUUUAAAUGCCAUAUCAAGAGAAAAAUGAUAAAAAAUUUUUUAUUAUGAACCUGUUACGAAAGAAGCCAAGUGAUAUUCAUGGAGCUGGUCUCUAUGAUGGAUUUAUAUUCUAAGUAAUUGAAAAUUUUUUUUCGGUGUCUUUUUAACGUGAAAUUUUAUGCAAAUAAAUUUUGUUAAAAAUAACACUAUUUACUAAAUAAUUUGACGUACAAUUGUUUUAACCAAAGAAUAGUGAUUUAAUCGAGUGUAGUGUGUAUUUUUCGUUGAUUUUAUUACUAUUCUUCGUUUUUGAGAUCUUUUUUUAUCCAUAAAACUCUCCGAAAGAUUGAAUAAAUAAAUAAAUAUUAAUUAAGGAUACUAAUCAACAAUUUCUAUAAUUAUCUUAAAUAUGAAUUAAUUUGUUAAUUAAGUCAAAUACCUAAUAAAUCUAUUCACUUUUGCAAUUGAUGAAUUUUUUUAAGCUUGUUAUUAUUUUAUAGAACUGUUUGCUGAUACGAUAAUGAAUUUUUUGACAUAAAUAUGAAAUAAUCAGUGAAUUGGUUAUAAUAAAUUGUGUAAAGGAGAGAUACAUUGAUGAAAAAAAAUUGAAUAAAAAACGGAGGCUAAUAAUGUCUCGAUUCUGAUAUGUAUAAGUAGUGAUAUGAUAAUUUAAUUGUAUUAUAGUUGAGUGUACGAAUGUGAAAUUCUCGAUAACUUCUGUAUCUGUGUCACAUAGGCGUUUCAUUUUCUUUCUUUUCGUAAAAAUGUAUGAACAAAUGUGUGCGAAUGUUUGGUGCUGGUCACCGAGUAAAGGAAUAAUGAAGUCUAUUGUUACGAGUGGUAGUUAUAUAACAUUAAAGAAAAAAAAAAA